UCAUUAUAAGAAACAUCUUGCAGGAACCUCUGCGCGUUCCCACAUCUCCUCGUGUCCCUUACUAUCUGUGCGCGCUCCCGUGCUGCUGAUAGUGCCGUCUGGAGCAGCUGUCGGCCGGAUAGUAUCUGUGGGCACACAGACGCGAAGACAUGGGAGCAGAGUGACUUUUGCUUUUUCAAAAUAAAUAAAAAUAUCCAUCACCAUCAUUUUACAUCAGCGGAGGACUUUUUGUAUGUCUUAUGUUUUUUUACAACCCCAUGUGUGGUGGAGUGGGAACUGAGCAUGUUUUUAUCGUUGCCUUUGUUUGAUGUGAGACUUGAUUAAGAUCUCCGGCAGCGGACCACACCGCCCGCUUCAGGACUGAGAGGCUUAUUAGGCUGCAGCCUAACUUUUUCUCCGGGCAGGGAUGUCUUUGGUUCGGGUGGAUUACAUUGCGCCCUGGUGGACUUAUUGGCUUCACAAUUUUCCUCACAUCAACCUGAGGUUUCAGGCCAUUGACAAAAGCUUCCAGCCUGAAGAUGAGAACUACCAGCAGUCUUUAAUAUUCCUGGGCUGUGUGGCAGCUGCAGGACUCGGCCUCAACCUUCUUUGUUUGGCCAUCUACCUGAGCUGUUUGUGCUGCUGCCACAAAGAUGAAGAAGAGGAAAGCAAGAAGCCAAACUCCUGCUGUGUCACCUGGUCUGCCGUCGCUGCUGGGCUCAUGACAUGCAUCGCUGUGGGUGUGGGUUUCUAUGGCAACAGUGAGACCAAUGAUGGUGUAUACCAGUUGACCUACUCCCUGUACAACGCCAAUCACACAGUGGGGGGAGUGGACAGUCUGGUGACUGGCACCAUGGGAAACAUGAAGACUGGCUUGCACCAGCACCUAGCAAGGUUGGAUGAGAUUUUCGCCACACGGGGCGACUACGUGCAGACGCUGCAGUUCAUGCAGCAGAUGGCUGACAAUGUGAUCAAACAGCUGCUGGGUCUGCCUGACUGGGAGGAGGCUAAAGUGGACUUGGCAUCCGUUGCUGACCGAACGGCAAGCAUAGAGUACUACAGGUGGCUCACAUACCUGCUGAUCCUCAUCCUGGACCUGAUCAUCUGCCUGCUGGCCUGUCUGGGACUGGCCAAGCAAUCCCGCUGGCUGCUCACCACGAUGAUGGUGUUUGGAGUGCUGAUGCUGAUCCUGAGCUGGGCUUCCCUGGGAGCUGACCUGGCUACUGCUGUGGGCACGAGUGACUUCUGUGUGUCUCCUGACAAGUAUGUCAUGAGUCAGACGAAGGGAAUCAUCGGCUCUGAUAUUGUCCACUAUUACAUUUACUGCAACCAGACUCUCUCCAAUCCCUUUCAGCAGCCUCUGACCAUCUUUCAGAGGUCUCUGACCACCAUGCAGAUCCAGAUCCAGGGUCUCCUGCAUUUUGCUGUGCCUCUGUUUCCUACAGCGGAGAGAGAUCUUCUAGGUAUCCAGCAUUUGCUCAACUCCUCAGAGGCCAGUUUGCACCAGCUAACCGCCCUACUGGACUGCAGGGGGCUGAACAAGGACUACCUGGAUGCAAUGGUGGGGGUGUGCUAUGAUGGGGUGGAGGGAGUGCUAUACCUCUGCCUCUUCUCCAUCCUUGCAGCCUGUGCCUUCACUGUGAUGCUGUGUGCCAUUCCCAGGGCAUGGAGACAAAUUGCCUGCAGGGAACGAGAUUACGAUGACAUUGAUGAAGAGGACCCAUUCAACCCACGAGCAAGGAGGAUAGGAUCCCAGAACCCCAACCAUACCAACAUGCACAGUUUCUGCAGCUACAGCAGUAGCAUGGGCAGCCAGAACAGCCUGCACCCUCCCGCUCCGACUGUCUCCAACGCCCCCAUGUCUGAGUACAUGAACCAGACUGCUCUUUUCGGGGGAAAUCCACGGUAUGAGAACGUGCCUCUGAUAGGACGAGGCUCCCCACCCCCCUCGAUAUACUCUCAGCAGUAUAGAAACCGAUACUCACCCACUAUGAGGGCCACCUAUCUGUCCAUGACUGAAGAGCAGAGUAGACACUUUGGAAGCGACUUCCAAGCAUAGACUUCUUUACUCACCCAAGGAGAGGAGCAGCAUCACAUAACGUCAGCAAGACAGGAGUGUGCAACUCUUAAGGAAUCACAGAGGAUAGUGUGCAACAUCUGGUUAAUCUGGUUAAAUUCCUUAACCUGCUCUUAAUAAACUGUUAUUGUAUUCACUUGAUACCUCGCACAAACCUGUGAAACAUGUUAAGAGAUGUUUUGAAAUUGUGACUGAAGACUUCUCUUUCUGACUCUUCAAAGCUUUGAGAUGGAGGUGUGUAUUACUUCUGACAACUUAAAUUCAGGUCCCCAAAGAGUAAAAUGUGACCACAGUGACUGAUGUAAACAUUGCCAUAUUGUUUUCUAUGUACUAUGACUCGAGGCUGAUGUUAGUGAAGCACAAACCUGGCAAUGGCUGAACACUGCAGGAGGUGAUGAUGAGGAAUAACGUACCUACUUUUCCACACAUGCAAACAUGAUGAAGCUUUACGUCUCUGAAUCCUUAUCAGACAAGACGACCUGGAGACCACGGCUUCUGUAAAUAAGUUGUACAAUAACAGACAUUCUGAUUUGAGUUUGCCUAAACUGUGUGCCAUUAUAUGUUUUUUAUCUAGUUUUAUUUUUCUUUGCUGUUUGACAUGAGAUUUUUUCUUUGUUUUGUAUUUUUAAAGGGUCAUUAAUUUAUUUUGUCUGUACCUAAUCUAACUAUAGAGCUGUCAUUUCUAUCAUGACUUGGGAAGCUGUUCUGCUCUUAAUGCAUCCAAACAGCACGUUUGUAUUAACUAACAGUGACAUUUUGUUUUUUCAUAGGGAUUAAAAUACAUGCAGUGUUGUUUAUUAAUACCUUUUGUUUAAUUUCAGCAUGUUACACUGUACAGGCACUAAGAGUGGUGCUUAAUUUUGUGUGACCCCCAGACGUCAGGGUCUAAUAGUGAAGUAAUAAACCAACUUUGAGUACAA